CUACAGCAUGUACAUAAUACUACCAAUGGUGCAGGGCAAGCAAGGGCAAGUGUCAAGACACUACAACAAUUAUUACAUCAUGAAGAAUACAUGUUAUAGAAUAUAAUAAUAAAUAGCUGAAUUUAAUGAUGAUUGGAGGUUAGGUCAAGGUAAUUGAGAUUGUUAGUUUUUCAUCAAGUGGGAAUAAUAAGUUAAGGUAAGGUGUGAUGAGUGUGUUGAAUAGCAGUCUGGAGAAUGCCUCCUUCAACAUUAUAUUCCAGAUCUUUUGUCGUCUCGUGACAUUCGGUCUGAAUGUAUUUGUUGUAAGGAACGUGGGCGAAGCUGUGCUAGGGAUCAUGAAUGUCAGACUAUUGUUGCUCGAGUCAACGAUACUCUUCUUGUCCAGAGAACCCUUCUUCAAGGCCUGUCUCACUAAUGCCGUUGAACAUAACUGGGCCCAAGUUGUUAAUCUACUCUGGCUAACGAUUCCAAUUUGUUCAUUAAUGUCUCUACUUUUCGGAUACAUCUGGUUAUAUGUUCUGACAACAUCUGAGACCCUUCCAGACUACUACACAUUCGCUGUCAUUUCCGUAGCCCUAUCUUGCGUUAUUCACUUAUUAUCACUAGUCGUCCAACUAGUCUCUUCUGCCUUUCUCUUCAACAGAUUCAAAGUAGUAAUCGACACUACAGCCAUAGUCUUCAGAACCUUCCUGUUUGUCCCAAUGGUUUUUCACUGGCCGGAAAGGGCACUCUUAGCUUUCGGAGUCGCCCAAUUGGCGUACGUCAUAUUUUACUCGGCUGCUCAUUAUAUUUAUUUUUAUUGCUAUAUUCAGCAGUUGAACGAGAAAAAGAAGAGUUCCAAGAAAAAUGACGACGAGGAGGAGGAGGAGGAGAAGAAGAAGAAGGAGAAGGAGGAUUCUGCAGAUGGUGAAGAGUUCAAGGAUGAUCAAUUCAUCAUUCGUCAUUUUCCAUUCCAGUCAGUGAGGGAUUUCUUUCCUGGCCAGUUAAAAAAUCACCAAGCCAGAUUCAAUGAAAAAUUGACAGUCCUCACUUGGAGCUUCUUCCGCCAAGGAAUACUCAAGUAUGUCCUAACAGAAGGGGAACGCAUUAUUAUGACAGUAUUCCCAGUGAUAACAUUCGCAGAACAGGGAACAUACGACGUUGUGAAUAAUCUGGGCUCAUUAGCGGCGAGGUUUAUAUUUCGACCGAUCGAGGAAAGCGGAUACUUUUACUUCACACAGGUUGUUAAGAGGGAUAAGAGCAUUAACGAACAGAACCCUGUAAGAAUUCGAGAAAGUGUGGAGGUUUUGACGCACCUCUGCUCGAUCGUAACAUCAAUCGGCCUAAUAGUCCUGGUAUUCGGACAGACAUAUUCAUCCACCCUUUUAUGGAUCUACGGAGGCACUAAAUUUACGGCCCGUCUGCCUGUUUGCCUCAUGCAAGCUCACUGUCUUGCGGUGCUGCUUUUAGCUAUUAAUGGCGUCACGGAGUGUUACACUAAUGCAACUGCGGACAGCGCAACCAUCAACAAAACCAAUUUCAUUAUGAUUUAUGAAUCAAUUGUCUUCUUGGUCGCCUCUUAUGUAUUGACUUCGUGGCUCGGCCCAGUGGGUUUUAUAUUCGCUAAUUGUUUGAAUAUGGCAUCCAGAAUAUAUCACUCUGUGGUGUUCAUCAAUAGAAGGCAUGCUCAAACGAAUUACAGGCCUUUAAGAGGACUCGUACCCAAUUUUUGUUUCUGGUUGAGUCUAGGAGCCUCGGCUGCCAUUACUCAUUUAUCAUAUACAUUAUUCUUCCCCGAUCGAAAACUCCUUCACUUCAUUAUCGGAGUUUUCAUGUUUGUCAUUGUUAUGCUAUCGUGGACAUAUAAUAAUAGACAACUGAUUCAACUCGGCAUUAAAAAAUGGAGUGAUAGGAGAUGUCAACCAGCACAAGUUAAAAGAGAUUGAUAGAACAACAAUUUUACAUAUGAAUGGUACAAAAUUAAUAAUCAGAAUUUUUAAAAAAAGUAAAAGAAAAAGAAUCAUUAUUAUUUAUUAUAAUAUCUAUUUUGCCAUUCGAUAUGUGUUGAUGAAAAUACAUUAUUUUUGGUUUUUAA